UUCCCGGCAUUCCCUACGAGCGGCGGCUGCUGGUCAUGGCGGACCCGAGAGACAAGGCGCUGCAGGACUACCGCAAGAAGCUGCUGGAGCACAAGGAGAUCGACGGCCGCCUCAAAGAGUUGAGGGAGCAGCUGAAGGAGCUCACCAAGCAGUACGAGAAGUCAGAAAAUGAUCUGAAGGCCUUGCAGAGUGUUGGGCAGAUCGUCGGUGAGGUUCUGAAGCAGCUCACGGAAGAGAAAUUCAUUGUGAAGGCUACAAAUGGACCAAGAUACGUGGUUGGCUGUCGCCGUCAGCUUGACAAAAGUAAGCUGAAGCCAGGGACAAGAGUUGCUCUGGAUAUGACCACUCUGACUAUCAUGAGGUAUUUGCCAAGGGAAGUGGAUCCAUUGGUUUAUAACAUGUCUCAUGAAGAUCCAGGGGAUGUUUCCUAUUCCGAGAUUGGAGGCUUGUCAGAGCAAAUCCGAGAGCUGCGAGAGGUAAUAGAACUGCCACUUACAAACCCAGAGUUAUUCCAGCGUGUGGGAAUUAUACCUCCCAAAGGCUGCUUGCUCUACGGCCCCCCCGGUACAGGGAAAACACUUCUGGCCAGAGCUGUUGCUAGCCAGCUUGACUGCAACUUCCUAAAGGUGGUGUCAAGCUCCAUAGUGGACAAGUACAUCGGUGAAAGUGCUCGGCUGAUCAGAGAGAUGUUCAAUUAUGCCCGGGAUCAUCAGCCCUGUAUCAUUUUCAUGGAUGAGAUAGAUGCUAUUGGUGGUCGCCGUUUCUCCGAGGGCACGUCAGCCGACAGAGAGAUUCAGAGGACUCUGAUGGAGCUGUUGAAUCAGAUGGAUGGAUUUGAUACUCUGCACAGAGUUAAAAUGAUCAUGGCUACUAACAGACCAGACACUCUGGACCCUGCGCUCCUGCGGCCUGGAAGACUGGACAGGAAGAUCCAUAUUGAUCUGCCAAACGAGCAGGCCAGAUUAGACAUUCUGAAGAUUCAUGCAGGUCCUAUCACAAAGCAUGGGGAGAUAGAUUAUGAAGCAAUUGUGAAGCUUUCAGAUGGCUUUAAUGGAGCAGACUUGAGGAACGUCUGCACCGAAGCAGGGAUGUUUGCUAUCCGUGCUGAUCACGACUUCGUGGUUCAGGAGGACUUCAUGAAAGCUGUUAGAAAAGUGGCUGAUUCCAAGAAGCUGGAGUCCAAGCUGGACUACAAACCUGUUUAACUGUCACGUGUGAUUGGCUGCACGCAUCUCACUGGGUUCAUGUGUACACGGAGGAGUAACCUCCCUCUUGGUCAUUGUGGGGUGUUUGUGUAACAUGUAGCUAGGAAUUUGGCUACAAGUUGGCUACAGAAAUGUUUUCUCUACUGUUCUGAAAUGCAACAUUCAUUACAGCCCAGGGUAAGUAAAAAACCUUCUUAGCAAUUAUGGUCUGGAUUUAUAAAGCUGCCUAGAUGGGUUGGCAGUGAGAAAGUAAUUUAAUUUCUUUUUAUAUAUCAGUAAAAUGACUUUCCCCAAACAGUUUAUGAAUAAAACUUGUUUAAAUCUG